GGAAAAUUCAGAGUGCGUAAUUUAAAUAUUUAACACAUUUGGAAGAUUCUUGCUUGCACUGAGUAGAAUGCAGUGACCCCGGCACAGCUGUCUCUUUGUUAAAAAUCUGGUUUCAGGUGAAGAAACACGUAUUUUUUGUUCCGAGCGAUGCCGAUAAGUUUAUGCGCAUGGUAAUAAAAAACCGGUUGCCUUAUUAAUCGUGAGCGACGAUGACUAGAGUUAGUCGGACGCUGCCGUGAAAGCGAGUCGGAGCGUUUUUACAGCGCUCGAUAGUGUCAAUAUUUGAUCAAGUGUGCACACGAUUUGCCGAGAUGGAUUUAUUUCAGUACUUAUGGUCGUUGUUCAGUUUCAUCUUAACUCCAAUUUUCGGUCCCAUUUAUGGUCAACCGCACAUAGUGGUGAUAAUAGCCGACGAUAUGGGCUGGAACGACGUGGGCUUUCACGGCUCGAACGAGAUACCCACUCCGAACAUCGACGCGCUCGCCUACGGCGGCGUCAUCCUGAACCGGCACUACGCGCUACCUACGUGCACGCCUUCGCGGACGGCCUUCCUCACGGGCCGCCAUCCCAUCAGAAUGGGCUUGCAGGGCAUUCCAAUGAACGUCGCCGAGCCUCGGGGUGUACCUCUACACGAGAGGCUCCUGCCGGAGUACCUCCGAGAAUUGGGAUAUGUCACGAGACUCGUGGGCAAGUGGCACCUCGGCUAUUAUACCGAUAAGCAUACGCCGACCAGAAGGGGAUUCGACUCGUUCGUCGGAUAUUACGGAGGGGUUAUCACCUACUUCAAUCACACGGUUACGAAAGAUAAACACACUGGAAUCGAUUACCAUUGGGAUACAUCGGGAAAAAUUGAACCGUUCGAUAACGAUCAGUACGUCACCGAUUUCAUUAGCGAUCAAGCAGAGGCUGUCAUUAAAAAUCAUGAUAGGAAGAAACCACUGUUUUUGCAAUUGGCACACGUCGCUGCACAUGCGAGUGAAAAUCGAGAUCCUAUCGAGGUUCGCAAUAUGACGGAGGUCAAUGACACUUUGAGUUACAUCCCGGACAUCAACAGAAGGAAGUACGCAGGAGUCGUCACAGCUAUGGACGAUUCCGUUGGGAGAGUCGUGAAGGCUCUGAAAGACGCAAACAUGUUGAGCAACAGCAUUAUCAUAUUUAUGUCCGAUAACGGAUCGCCGACCGCUGAAGCUCCUUACACAAAUUACGGCUCCAACUAUCCUUUGCGCGGAAUAAAAGCAACUGUCUUCGAGGGCGGAGUUCGGGUACCAGCGUGCGUCUUUUCGCCCCGAUUGAAGGACCGAUUCCGCGUCUCCGACGAGCUGUUCCACAUAACCGAUUGGUUCCCGACCCUCUACAAACUAGCCGGUGGUGACCUCAGCAAAAUUCAGGAUCUCGACGGUGUCGACCAGUGGUCCAGCAUCAGCGGUAGCCAAAAGUCCAAUCGCGAAUCCCUCCUGGUAAACAUAGACGAAGUUUCAAAUCCGGAAGCUGCGAUAUCCGGAUACUACAAGCUGAUUCGAGGGAUAAACAGAUACGACGAUUAUUAUGGCAAGGACGGAAACGAUUACUCGCCUAAGACCUACGACGUGACGGGAGUUUUGUCGUCGUUGGCCGGAAGGGCUAUAGCAAGUUUGGGGAAUCAGUAUCUGCCGCCGCAGAAACGUAUAACCGAGCUAAGAAACAAGGCGACGCUGAGAUGUGAGAAGAAAGAUGAUCGUCCCAGCUGCCGGGACACGUGUCUCUUCGAUAUCGUUAAGGAUCCCUGCGAGACGACAAAUAUUAUUGAUGAACAUCCCGAGAUGGAAAUCGUUUUGAACACCUACAUCCAGGGAUACAAAGCAGUGCUGAUGAACCAAACGAAUACCUACAUAGAUCCGGCUGGCUACCCUGAAAACUUCAACGGCUACUGGAUGCCGUGGAUGGACCACGAGUACACUCCACCGAAAAACAGAAAUAAGUCGGCCAUCUGGUCGCCUUCGGUAUUCUGCGAGGGUUGGCCGAUCGACGAUCCAAGGAGCUGUUUGUGAAGCCCGAAUGAACUGAGAGAUAAGAGAACAUGAAUAUUCACGCGUUUACUGAUGAUGAUUUCUCGAUAUCGCUACAAGACUGUCCAUUUAUAGCUAAGACAAAUAAAAGAAGAAGCGGAAGCAAUUUUUCAUUGGUCAACAGCA